AAGAUCAGAGAAAUGCAGCAGGCCAGGUAGAUUGUAUUUAGUCUACGAUUCAGAGCCGGAAAAUGCUCUGUAGUGUAGUCCAUCAUCAGGUUAUGUGUAGCAAAGUUUGCCUAUCUACAAUCGUUGACCAGGAGACUCCUCGGCGGAUCCGCCUUCAAGUCUCCAAAACCCGACAGACAUUUCGUUUUGUGCCGUAAAUUCUACUGUCAAACAGCGGAUCUUGAGUGGACCCAUGUCGGAUCCGCGGACGCGGACGCGCCUUUACGGUUGGAUUUCGACACCAAGAGCCGAGACUAGUCAUAUCAGUGAUGAUUUUCUUUGCUGGGACACGGUUGCACUGAACUGAACCCUCUUGAAACACAAAUGAAUAGAAAGACUGGGCCUGUCUCCCCAUCAGCCUUAAGACGAAGGGCACGUGUAGACGUUCAAAAAAGGCUUCAUCAAAUCAGGACAGACAUGGACAUGGCAGGAAUAGGGGCAGAUGACCGAGUUCUUUCUGAGGGCACUGUACCACCCUCUCCAGCCGCACAUGCAAUGGCAGAGGUGCAAGUUUUUACUGAAGAGGACAUGGAGCUGGCAAGCAAGGACAUUGCUGUUGUGCCGGCUGACUGGCAUGAUGACGGGAUGGUGUCCUGGCGCAGCUUUAAGAGCACUGAACGUGUAAAAAGGGCAGAUGCUAGCAAGGAGGAGCAGCCGCCGAACUACCCAAGAUAUGACGUCAAGGGCAUCAGAACUUGUGACAACUACAAAGACGCCAGUAGGAGUCAAUAUCAGAGCGGCUGCAACAACUCUGAGCUACAGUCUACGGCAGAGCAGGAGGGUGAGCUGCCAGAGAGAAGAAUCAGGAAGCCAGUCCAUUGUUUCGGGGACUCUAAUGAGCUUGAAGAAGAGCCAGUAAAUGGUGUAUCAGGUAAAGCCUCAAGCCCAAGCCAAUUGCACUGGCAGACUCCACCAUCUCACCGAGUGCCAGGCAGCAGAGUCACUUCUCAACCUGGAGAAAACUGUCCAGGAACAGCAGUCCCUCCUCAACUCCCUCCGCCCUCCGCACCAGGCCUCAACGUGCGGCGACCGGAGGAGGCCUCUUCCAGCCUGGCCUACAGACCCACGUGGCGAGGGGGCGGGGUGACCGACACCAUUCCCUGCUCUGCGGCUGAGGCCCACAUCCUUAGCCUGCUGGAAACCAUUAAACAGCAACAAGACGAGCUUGUGGUGAAGGUGAACUACCUGAGCAGCAGGCUGAGUGGCACCCCGGGGCCCGAUGUUGAGAUGCCCGACAAUAUCCAGUUUCCCCUGGAACAAUUGGAGGCAGUGGAGGCAUUUGAAAUGUUUUUAAAGGAACCGUCAAAUGGCCCGGCUCGACAGAGAGUGGUUUCUUUUUUGGCCACCAUUGGAGGGCAGGACGUGAAGAGGGUGACCUGGAACAUCCUGGGCAGGAUCUUCACCGAUGGGGUGUCUCAUCAGAUAAACUGGAAGGGUGUUAAUAACAAAAAGCCCUUCAGUAGGAUGGAAACGAAGGCCUUGCUUUUCAGUGCUGUGAGGAAAAACACGGUGACCCGGUCAGCCACAGACGCGGAGAUCACCAAGCACGCAAUGAGGUGGUUCAACCUGGCGGCAGACCGAGCCACGAGGAGACGUGUCCCGCCUCCAGCCACACAAACGGAGUAAAUGCAGAAAUAUGCAUUAAACAAUCUUUUUAUUGAA